CCACCAAAUCUCUCCAACAAAACAUCAUUAAUUUCAUCAAAAUGGAUCGAAAUUUCACUCUUUUAUUCGCUCUAUGGCACCUCUUUCUAGUGGCGGCGCCGCCACCCCGGAACAUAUUCGCCGCCGCAGCCGGCGGAGGCCGGUGGGACCUACUGCUGCCCAACAUCGGCAUUGCCGCCAUGCACAUGCAGCUCCUUAACAACGACAAGGUUGUCAUGUUUGACCGGACCGACUUCGGGCUGUCAAAUAUUUCCCUCGGCGGCGGAAGAUGCCGGCGAGAUCCGUACGAAUUGGUGGUCAAAGUUGACUGUACGGCCCACUCGGUCGAGUAUGACGUGGCAGAAAAUACCGUUCGUCCGCUUAUGGUCCAAUCCGACGUGUGGUGCUCCUCCGCCGCCGUUAUGCCCGACGGGACUUUCGUACAAACCGGCGGGUGGAACGACGGCGAUCACGUCGUGAGGGUUUAUAAGCCGUGCAAUGAUAAAAAAUGUGAUUGGGUGGAAAUUCCCGGCGCGUUGCACAGGUGGCGCUGGUACGCGACCAAUCAUAUCUUGCCAGAUGGACGCCAGAUCAUCAUUGGGGGCCGUGAGGAGUUUAAUUACGAAUUUUACCCAAAAACCCCCGGCGCCGAUCUUCUCUAUAAUCUCCCGUUCUUAGCCGAAACUAAUGAUCCCGGAGCCGAGAAUAAUUUGUAUCCCUAUGUUUUCCUUAAUGUGGAUGGGAAUUUGUUUAUUUUCGCUAAUAAUAGAGCGAUAUUGUAUGAUUAUUUUAAGCACGCGGUUGUGAGAUUGUACCCGGGUAUGCCCGGCGGCGAACCGAGGUCUUACCCGAGUACCGGGUCGGCGGUUUUGCUGCCAUUGAAGGUUUUUCAAGGUCCGGGGAUUGUAGUGGAGGUGUUGAUCUGCGGUGGCGCGCCGAAAGGGGCGUUUCCGGCGUCGGAGAAGGGGGUUUUCAUGGGCGGUUUGAAUAGUUGCGGGAGGAUCCGGAUAAAUGACCCGAACCCGGUUUGGGCCAUGGAAGCCAUGCCGAUGGCUCGGCUCAUGGGCGAUAUGGUAACUUUACCCACUGGGGAUAUUCUCAUCGUAAACGGCGCGGCUCGCGGGUCGGCCGGGUACGGGGACGGUCGGGACCCGGUUCAAGCCCCGGUUCUUUACCACCCGGAUAACCCAGUCGGGACCCGUUUCGAAGUCCUGAACCCGUCCGGAAUCCCAAGAAUGUACCACUCAUCCGCCAUUCUCCUCCGUGAUUCCCGCGUUCUUGUCGGUGGCAGCAACCCUCACCCGAACUACGUCUUCGGAAACGCUCUUUUCCCGACGGAGCUAAGACUCGAGGCGUUCUCGCCGCCGUAUCUUGACCCGACAACGGUGGGGCUCCGCCCGCAUAUUACGUUCCCGGGUUCACACUCCAAAUUCGGGUACGGAAAAUUAAUAGAGAUCCAAUUCACGGCCGCCGGACCGGUGGACGGGAACUUGGUCACGGUAACAAUGGUGGCGCCGUCGUUCACUACACAUUCGUUUUCUCAACACCAACGGCUGUUGGAUCUCGGCGGCGGAGGGACGGUGAAACCCGUCGGAAUAAACACAUACCAUAUGACGGCGGUGACACCGAAUUCCGGCAAUCUUUCUCCGGCGGGAUAUUAUAUGUUGUUCGUGGUUCAUAAGGGCAUACCAAGUGAAGGUAUUUGGAUUCAAAUGGUUUAAUAAUAAUCAUAAUAAUAGUAAUAAUAAUAAUUUUUAUAAAUAUUUUGGUGAAAGUCCAAGCAAAAUAAUUGUAAAAGGUAAAUUGUGAAUAGUUUUUAAUUUCCUCUAAUAAUUUUUAUAAAUAUUUUGGUAAAAGUCCAAGCAAGAUGUAUAAGAUAUUACUCUAAUAAUAAAAAGCUUAUUAGUUAAUUGUCUUGAUGUUCUAUCAAAUCUUUUUUUUUCCUUAUUGUAAUGAGCAUUUGUUGCAAUGUACCAUGUUCAUAGAUGUUACAUAUAUUUGUCACAAAAUUAUAUGUAUAACUAAUAAAGAAAGUUAUUGAAUA